GUGCAUGCCCGGCUCCGAUUCGACCAACUGCGAAAGAGACCAGAUCCGCUUUCCCUUUGCUGCUCUCCAUCCUCUCCGUCUUCAAUUCCCACACCGACUUGACUUGGACCACGACACGGCAUUCACCCGCCAUUUACGACAGCCAAACACGUAUCGCGUAGUUCGAUACAAAACGAAAAAAGUGCCCCAUAUCUGUCCUUUCCAACCUCCUUGUUAAUACGACUUGCGCCAACACCGCAAACCGGCCCCGGUUAUUCCCUCCUUCUUAAUUUGCUACCUAGUCAUUGUUAGAGUUCGAAUAAUCGCUUCAUCAUUGGACCUCGACGACGGCAACAGACAGAGACCUAGCUGUUGGUGUCAAAACAAACCGCCAACUGACCUUUUACAUUCUAGAAUCCAGCCUUUACAUAGCGAAGGGCUUUUUAUCACCGCGUCAAUACACUUUCGCAAACUUAAUUCACACAAACCGCCAAGAUGGGUCUCAGCAUCAGCAAGUUGUUCGACAGGCUGUGGGGGAAGAAGGAGAUGAGAAUUUUGAUGGUCGGUCUCGAUGCCGCCGGUAAAACCACGAUUCUGUACAAGCUGAAGCUCGGCGAGAUCGUCACCACCAUUCCUACCAUCGGCUUCAACGUCGAGACCGUCGAGUACAAGAACAUUCAAUUCACCGUGUGGGAUGUUGGUGGUCAGGACAAGAUUCGUCCUCUGUGGAGACACUACUUCCAGAACACCCAGGGUAUCAUCUUCGUCGUCGACUCGAACGAUCGCGACCGUAUUGUUGAGGCACGCGAGGAGUUGCAGCGCAUGCUGAAUGAGGAUGAGCUGCGGGAUGCUAUCUUGCUUGUCUUUGCCAACAAGCAGGAUUUGCCGAAUGCCAUGAACGCUGCCGAGAUCACAGACAAGCUUGGUCUCCACAGCUUGAGACAACGCGCUUGGUACAUCCAAUCGACCUGCGCUACCUCUGGUGACGGUCUCUACGAGGGUCUCGAAUGGCUGGCUACCACCCUGCGCAAGGCAGGCCACCAGUAAAGAAAGCAGAGCGCGGGUAUUGUCUCCUCCCUCGGUCAGCGUCAAGAUUCGGUUGUACUUCGGCCAAGUUUUCCAUCAGAACAAUCGAUUAGCCUUUUUCCUUCCUUCUCAACAACACCCCAAUCCAUGAACCUGCAUAAACGUGGUGGUCUCUGUCUGGUCCUUGAUCCUCAGAAACAAAAAAAAGUGCAGAAAGCCGCAUUAUCUAGAGGGACUUUUUUAGUAUUCGCUAUUUUUCUCAUUCCUGCUUUUUUCUACGCGCGACUGCUGCCUUUUUUGGUCAAAGAAUGAAACGAUUUCUUUUUCUCUCUUUCUGUGGUAUUCGUUUCCGGGAAGAAAGGGGCGCGUUGGGGUUGGAAUCUUUCUGUACAUUUUGAAACAACGGCGGAAUGUGUUUUUUGUGUCUGCCCUCUUUUUGUGAUUCCCCUCCAUGAGUAGAGCUAUGGGGAUACAGAAGGAGAGUUACGCAGCCUCUUAACGAUCAUUUUGCUCUUUUUUCAACUUUUGGUCUCUUUUGCCUGGAUUGUUCCUCAAAACUUGAAUGUAUGCACAGUACGACCCGAUGUCGUUGAUAGUGAGAUGUGUGCAUGCAGAGUAGUGCCCUCCUUUUUGCUUUCCAGACUUAUCCACAAUGAACUUUUGUUAUUUAUCUAGGUAUUCGAUCAGUCAAUCGCUUUUUUUUUCUUUUCU